AUGAAAGAUUCACGCGCGAGUGAGCAAGCGCAUCAGCGCAAGCUUGUAGCGGCGGUAUCCGAUCCGUCUGCCGAGGCGAUAUGGUGCAUGUACUCCAAGGCCAAGGCGUCUCUCCCCUAUAGAGACCGGAUGGCGAACUUGACGUGGCGAAUGCUCGGCAUUCGCAUGAAGGGGAUGCGGCUAGACCGCAGUACGCGCAGCGACACCGGCUUCGAGAUGGCUGAGCCUCUCACCUCUGGAGCUAACCUCUCGCACACUGUCAAUUCGAAUACAAAGGUCAACGCGAUUCCAAGUCACGAGGACCACUUCGACUACUUAAGCCAACUCAGGGUUUUACAUGAUCCUAACGAGGAAGACGUCAAUAUUCCGAGUAUAAGCCCCGAGAACCUUGGCGCAGGACAGCCAAAUGCAAGGUCAGAUCCUGCAUACGGAUCUGAAAUCAUGCCCUCCAUGAAACUCAACUCCAACGCGAAGCAUAUCCGAAACACGUCGGGGGGUAAUGCGUCAGAUAGUAAUGGAGGGUUUGGCCUUCAUGAUCAUCAUACCCAUUUCGGCUCGUUCUCAAAUCCCGACCAGCAUGUCGGGUUCAUGACUAAUCUCGGUAUCGAACACUUUAACCUCUUGGGCGAUCCUGGCUCCGUUCCCAACAGCCAGGACGAGAACAAUGACACAAGCAUGCGGGAUGUUGAUGCCGGGACGAACUCUUCCCCCGCCAUCGUUAGCGAUAGUGGCGUGUCCUCCGUUGAAGGUGCCGUACCGUACAACAAUCUUUCAACAUCGGCGUCUACACUCUACAGCGCCAUCGGUGCAUCCGAGGCUUCCAUUGGCACAUCUGACAUCAACGCUACCGCAAGCGCCGCUGCCCACAAUGUUUUGAAUGGGCAUUCAUUUUUUGACGACAAUGAUUUCCUGCACACCAUCGGAACUCUGCAUCCUACACCGCCGCCUAUAGCCGCACUUCACGCCACUAAUUCUAGUGUGUCACUUGCAGAAUUAAAUCAACCUUCCAACAAUGAGGUAAAUGCCGUCAAUUCGCAACCCAUCAGUAUACAAAAGCCUACGGCGCCUUGGGAUGGAGCUUUUAGUUCGCUACCUACCGGUCUUGCCGCGGGCGCUUCUCCGUCUUCCAUGCUAUCUUUUUCUCAAAACGCGCGGCGACCUUCUGCUUUGAAUGCAAUCCGAAAGAAGCAGACCCGUGGUACAAAUUCACGGAUUGGAAGUGUACCGGCAUCAUCAUUUUCAAGUAGUCUGGAUUACGGGGCGGAAAACCUGAGUAGACCCGCUUCGGUAGGUCAUGACAUCGCUAACUCUGCCGCUGUUGGUAAGACCGACACGAAGUGCACCAAUUGUCAUACGCGGACGACUCCGCUUUGGAGAAGAGAUCCGCAAGGUAAUCCGCUAUGUAACGCCUGCGGACUUUUCCUGAAAUUACACGGCGUUGUGCGGCCCUUAUCGCUCAAGACAGACGUCAUCAAAAAGCGACAAAGAACGUCAAACAAACAAACUACUCCGUCUGCUCCUGGUGCAACGUCUGCCAUCAGCUCUCCUACCAAAGAAGGGAUACCUGGUGCUCGUGUAAAGCGCCCCGUCUCAAGAAAGAUGGGAAGCUCCGGUGACGUUAGGUCAACCAGCCGGAAGACAACUACCACAUCCAACAGAAAGUCAAGAACUCCAACGUCGCAAAUCGUAAAGGAUACGGAUGUCCCCCAAUCAGAGGCUGGGUCUGGAACCGAAGCCUCAUCUUACCAAUCAUCUGCCACUCCACUACGUGAGGGCUCUCAACUUGCGGGCGAUCCCUCCAGAAUGGAUAUCGAUUCCAAGGAGGCGUUACCGACAGUUUCCCACAACGAAAUGGAUGCCUUCAUGCAAAGCUGGCCCUCUCAGCAGCACCAGCAGCAAAGUCCUGCUCAACCUCAACGGCAACAACACGAAGCCGAACAUUCCACUUUCGGCUUUGACCGGUCACCACAAGAAGAAAGCAAGGGCCAUCUCCAAAAUGAUAAGAAGCCUAAACCACCGGCUCAAAAGGGAGAUUCAUCUGCAAAUUGGGAAUGGCUUACAUUGAGUCUAUGA